AAGACCUCGCGGAAGAGAAUCUGUCUGACAGCAUAGGCGCGUACCCGCUCCAGCUCUCACCUGCUGCAGAGGGGGUGGCGCGCCCACAGCGAGGUGGAGGAUAGGAGCUGAGCUGCGCGUGCACGUCUACGGCCACGCUGCCCGGUUACAGCGCGGCGCGCCCCUAAAAACCGCACGCGUUUAAGGGGAGGAUCGAGAAUUUUAUUUGUAACGUUAGAGCGUCAAAGGUAUUCUUCAUGUGACCGGAUCUUUUCCGUUAAUUCCGGACAACAACCGGUUUCCGGACUGAGUCACGUACAAACCUGUUUAUGUGUCAUUCGUUUGGAAGCAUCCGUAAUAUUUCUGGAAUAUUUCUCUAUUUGAAUGGCUGUAGGUGCCAGAUCGCUUUGCGUUGCUUGUUACGCGUCGCGUUUUAGAGAAGAACCGUCGGCUUUUGUGUGGAUGUAAAUGAUGCUGCCCGGUAAACGCGCCGCGGAGAGUGCAGCGCGCCCGCUCGGGUUGAUACAAUAGCGGAUUUCAUACCGACGUGUCUGAUUUAAGAAUAAAGCGCCCGUGCGCUCCGGUUACUGGGCAAAAAAAUGUCGCUAAGCAGAAACAUCGAGCUCGAGCACUUUGACGAACGGGACAAAGCGCACCGCUCCAAACGGACGUCGGGUUCGGGAGGCUCGGGCUCACAGCAGGGUUCCCGGGCGAACAGUCUGGUCCCGAGUCCCGCGCACAGCGCUAACUGCAGCCUCUACCGGACGCGCACGCUCCAAGCGCUCAGCUCCGAGAAACGCGCUAAGAAGGUGCGCUUUUACCGGAACGGAGACCGGUACUUCAAGGGUCUGGUGUACGCGGUGUCAAAUGACCGAUUCCGCUCGGUGGACGCGCUGCUGGCGGAGCUGACGCGCUCGCUCGCGGAUAACCUGCACCUGCCGCAAGGUGUGCGCAACAUCUACAGCGUGGACGGCUCGAGGAAGAUCUCGAGCCUGGAGGAGCUCGUGGAAGGUGAGAGUUACGUCUGCGCCUCUAAUGAGCCCUACAGGAAGGUGGAAUACACCAAAAACGUCAACCCUAACUGGGGCUCUCGUCUGGCGGGGCCGGGGUCCGGAGGCGUGCGACAGGGGGCUCAGCGCUCCAGCGGAGACAUGAGAGAGAGCAAAGACUUCAUCAAACCCAAACUGGUGACGGUGAUCCGCAGCGGCGUGAAGCCGCGGAAGGCUGUUCGGAUUCUGCUGAACAGGAAGACGGCGCAUUCCUUCGAUCAGGUGCUCGCUGACAUCACGGAGGCCAUCAAACUGGACACAGGUGUGGUGAAGAGACUCUACACGCUGGACGGAAAACAGGUACACACCUGAUUCUUAACCACCAGUUAACCCCAUCAAUAUAUCGGUGCAUUAGUAAUACAUGCUGAGGAUUGAUGAUUUUGAGUUUGUGUGUGUGUGUGUGUUAGAGAGAAAUCAAUAAUCAUGAGUCCUGUUCAAUAAAAUAUCAGUGAAAACCUGCAGUGUCAACAACAUAUCUGGUAGAAGAGGAUUCAGAGCAGUUCUACACACUUAUUUCAAGUGAAAAGCAUCAAAAUAGUAAAAUUGAUUUAUUAUUGAUUCCACAGAGCUGAUCCGUCUGUCUGUCUGUGACGUGAUGCUUGUGUGUGUGUGUGUGUGUGUGUGUGUGUGUUUAUGGAGCUCUGCCUCUUCUGAAAAAGCAGCGAGUCUAGCUGCAGGCUGGUUGCCAUGGUUACCUGCUUUUCCCCUGUUCACUUGAGUGCGUCCCAAUGCAUGUCGUCAGUGUGUGUGUGUGUGUGUGUGUGUGUGUCUGGGGGGUUCAUUUGUAUGCCAUACACCUCUUAAUGCAGAGACGCAGGGGUUUCCUUAAAA